AUGUCUCAUUACUUUGUGAAAACAGUUUAUGAGAAAAUCAUUGGACCAAAACGUGUGAUUCAGUGGGAUAAUAUGGUGUGGAAUAGGCUGAAUAUCCCUAAGCAUAGAUUCAUAUGUUGGUUGGCAGUGCAAGACAGGCUUCAAACCACUGCAAAAUUGGCAAGAUUUGGUGUUAGUAAUACUGCAAGUUCCCUGAUUUGUGGACAAGCUGAUGAAGAUCAUAAGCAUCUGUUCUUUGCUUGUCCCUAUAGCAGCAGAUGCAUUAGUGCUCUCAAAGCUUGGUUAGGGAUUACUUAUUCCACUGGUAACCUGAAGCAGCUCAUGAGGUGUAUUGCUCAUGGCAGAAUGUCAAAGUUUAGAAGGCAGGUUGGCUUUGCAAUGCUAGCUGCUGCAGUGUAUGUUGUUUGGUCAAGUAGGAAUGGUUGUUUUUGGAAUGCUUCCUUUCCAACUGUUCAGAAUAUGGUAGCUAGAGUUAAGCAAAAUGUUAGAGAUCGAAUUUUGGUUGUUUUACCUAAACAUGUAUCUAGGAGAGAUAGCUUGUGGUUUGCUACUCUCAAGCAAUUUCGUGCAGUCAAGCAGCAACAACUGCAGCAACAACUAACUGCAUCAGCCUUCUAG